AUGCAUCAGAACCCCCCAUUUAACGAAGCUCUUUUUCUUUUCUUUCAUUUUUGUCGGGCGAAAUCUUUUGGUGAAAAUCCCACGUACGUUGAUGGAUGUCGCUCUCGCAGACUGAAGGACGAUCGGUCCGAAUCGGAAAAGACUACUUCAACUUUGGACGCCAAAGCACGCGACCAUCAUCAUCAGCAUCACAACGGAUCCAGCGCUAGUCCCGUUCUCAAUCUAUCGAAAGGUUGCGAAGGUGUCAACAAUAACGCCUCGGUCAGCAACGAAGAUAAGGAGGUAGAGCAUCACCAACAUAGUCACCAGGAUCUUCAGGGCGUUCGCGAUGGUCUUCAGCAAGAGGAGGAAGCCAGACGGGCUGCCGAAGAGGAAAGUGGUAGCAGUGGCGGCGAAGAGCUGCCCUCUCCUCGGCCACAUCAUCAUCACGCGCUGGUGCAUCACCCCUCACUGCGCCGCCACGAUGGUGACGAUGACCACAGUGACGUUAACGACGAUGACGACGUCGACGAAGAAAAACACGAAACCAGUGAUGAAAUGGAAAGAGAUGGGUCAUCCAGUCCGCGCCAUAGCGACAAAAGCCAAUCGCAAACAGCGGCCGCGACGGCUCGUGCAUCAUCGGCCUCGGCCCAGGCAGCCGCAGCUUCAGCAGCCUUCAAUUACUCGGCUUUUUUGAACGCCUCAGUCGGCGGCAGUGAUUCCGUCAUGCUCGGCUCCACUGAGAAUCUUCUUCGCAACAUCCAGAGUCUUCUUAAGGUGGCCGCAGAGAACGCCCGCCAACAGGAUCGGCAGGCGAACUACGAAAAAGCCGAGCUGAAAAUGGAAAUCCUCCGCGAGCGGGAGUUGCGAGAAAGCAUCGAGAAGCAGAUGAUGGAAGAUCAACGUUCGCGAGUGCUUUACCAAAAGCGUCUGAAAAAAGAACGUCGCGCCCGUCGCAAGCUUGCUGAUCAACUAGAGUUGGAAACCAAACGCCGGUGCCAGUUCGAGGAGGCUCUAAAGACGACCUCUUCAGAAACUUUUCUUGUGAUAAGCGAAAAACUCAAUCAAGAAAUCGAUCAAGAACGGAAAGGACGACAGCAGCAGCCUUCGUCCCAGACAACGGAAAAUAACGAGACGGACAACACGAUGGAAAAUCGUGGAGUCUACUACAAGAAUUCUCUGCUUUUCACUAACGCGUCGUAAAAACGUUACAUCCUGGUUCGACUACGUGAAACACGUUUCCCUUUCAAAAGUCUAUUUAUGUCUCCAUGGUCUGCAUUGGUCGAUUUGAUGUAGGAGAAUCCUAAAAAUCAGCGAAGAAAAUCAUCUCUGAGGAACCACCGUUUAAAGACGUCCAGUGAUGUACACAAACUAACAAAUGAAAUCGUGCAUAAUUUCUAUCGAUGCAUCGCAAUGAUGUCCACUUGUCGGAGUCAUUCGUACUAUAUAGAUUAUACUUACGCUGUUUCGUAUUAUGUUUGGUGUGUCGAAGCUCCUGUUUGUAGACUACUGUUUGUUUAUUUCCCUUCUUUUUUUAAAUGUGCGCGCAUUUUAUUUUUGUCAGCAUUAUUUGAUUCGAUUUUUUUUUUAACUAUACCGGCUAGCUAGUAACGACAUUGACGGUUGUAUAAUUUCUUAAUCUUCUCCCGACUUGAUUUCAUUGAUCGUAAAUGCUCGGCCAAUGGAUAAUUUCUAUUUGUCACGAUUAUGGCUGUUGUAUGUUCAUUACUUGGUCCCACUUACACAGCACAAUCAGCCUGGCCAUCAUUUAGAGCUGGUGAGCGAUUGGUAAUUAGCAAAAAAAAAAAAAGUUUUGUCGACUUUCGUGUGUGAUUUUUUUUAAAUUGAGGGGGAAAAAUGUAUCCGGUACGACGUACGAGAGAUAGUAUGUGCAACAUUGUGGCUCCUUUACCUCAGUUUGAUUGUGCUCCAUGUCUACUAUAUUCGUUCAUACUGUUAUGUAUCCCCCCCCCUCUCGUCUCCCGAUUUCAUUGGAUGUGCUGUUACUCCCCCUAUUGAUGUACGAUGAUUAUCACUUAACGUUGACCGGAUUUGACGUUUGAUGUGUUUAGAAAAGAAAAAAGGCCUCGAGAUUCGUUUGUCUAGAAAAGUGCAUGCUGGCGAUCUCAAUUCUGACUGCAACAUGUACAAAAAGAAACAAACAAAAAAAAAUCAUCACGAAUUGACGCCUAGCCUUUAGGACUUUGGCCGAUGCGUUUUAAGAAGUUUUAGAUGCACUUUUCUGGUAGCGUAGGGUCAACUUUAUACGUCAUCAAAAUUCGGUUCUAACGUAUACAUCUUGUGUUUGUUUUAUGUAUCAAGUGAAUUAAUAACAAAGUUUAUCUUAUUCCUCGCGGGCGUCACUCCAGUAAUGCGUUUCUCGAUUUGCACUUUUUUUUUGUUCUGUUCUUUCUUAAAGAAAGGGAAUGAUCGGCUAAUUCGACCCAAACCCACCUUUUCUUUGAUUGCCUGUUUAUAUAGUUCGAUCCAAUCAUCGUAUACUUCAUACUUUAUUACUGUUCCCCCCCCCCCCCCCCAAUUUUUCCAGGUCCUCGUCUGUUGUUGAUUAGUUACUUUUUUUUCCUACAAACCAACUGACUUUUUUCUUUUUUUUUUUUAAAGGAGGUUUUAUUUUGUUUUCCCACACCUAUUGUGUGAUCACUCUUGUGUUUCGUAACACACCUGCCCUUUCCCUUUGAUACUUAUUCUUGUUUUGCUUCGCGGCAGCAAGUUUCUUAUUUGUGCUUCUUGCGUGUUUGUGUCUUAUUAAACGCUAUUGAAUACCUUUGA